UUCUUCUCUCUCUCUCACACACACACACACCCUUCUUCCCAUAACUAAAACGCGUGAAGAAUUUGAGGAAUUCUUCUUUAUCUUCUUCCUCCUUCAGCGUACUGAUUAUGGAUUCAUAUUCCUUAAAGUCUGUGUUCAAUUUGCCUGCGCCGUUUCGCUCAUGUUUUAGUUUCAGAUAUUUUAAUUCACUUCAGAGUGAAUGCUUUCCUAUCUGUUUUCACUCUGAUGUAAACAUGAUCAUCUCUGCACCAACUGGGAGUGGUAAAACUGUUCUCUUUGAGCUUUGCACUUUGAGGCUACUAUCCAGGUUCAUCUCUGCAGAGGGAAGAUUCAUAAAUGUAAAGGGGUCUCUUAAAACAAUCUACAUAGCCCCAUCUAAGGCUUUAGUACAGGAGAAGCUCCGUGAUUGGAAUAAGAAGUUUGGGCCUUGGGGGAUAAAUUGCCUGGAGCUGACAGGAGACAAUGAAUCUUACACUCCAAGGAAUAUACAAGAAGCAGAUAUUAUUCUGACAACUCCCGAGAAAUUUGAUGCAGUAUCACGAUAUGGUAUAGAAGGUGGUGGCUUGAGCUUUUUCAGUGAUAUUGCACUUUUACUGAUUGAUGAAGUUCAUCUAUUGAAUGAUCCACGUGGAGCUGCUCUGGAAGCAAUUGUUAGCAGAAUAAAAAUUGUUGCUUGCAAUCCAAAAAUGAAAUCAAAUCCACUGGCUCAGGUCCGCUUCCUAGCUGUUUCAGCCACAAUUCCAAAUAUUGAGGAUCUAGCUAAAUGGCUCAAAGUUCCGGACCAAGGGAUUAAAAGGUUUGGAGAAGAAAUGAGGCCGGUAAAGCUAACAACCAAGGUUUUUGAUAUUCUCAUGCAAUACUCAAGAGGGAAAUCUGCACUUAUAUUUUGUUCAACAAGAAAAGGAGCACAAGAAGCAGCUCAGCGACUCUCUCACAUAGUCAUGACUUUUGGUCAAUCAAAUCCAUUCAUUAAGAACAGAGAACAACAAGAUCGGCUGAGGGAGGCUUCUCUUUCAUGCAGUGACAAGCAAAUGCAGUCAUAUAUUCUUUAUGGUGUUGGUUAUCACAAUGGUGGCCUUUGCCUUAAAGAUCGCAAUAUUGUGGAGGGCCUUUUUCUCAAGGGUGACCUUGAAGUACUUUGCACUACAAAUACACUAGCCCACGGAAUCAACCUCCCAGCACACACAGUGGUUAUUAAAUCAACACAGCACUUCAACAAGGAAAAAGGUCUCUACAUGGAAUAUGACCGCUCCACCAUAUUGCAGAUGUGUGGAAGGGCAGGCCGACCACCAUUUGAUGAUACAGGCAUGGUUAUAAUCAUGACAAGGAGAGAAACGGUUCACUUGUAUGAGAAUCUCUUAAAUGGGUGUGAAGUGGUGGAAUCGCAAUUGCUCUCAUGUGUGACGGAGCAUUUACUUGCGGAAAUAGUUCAACUGACAGUAUCUGAUAUUACAAAAGCAAUUGAAUGGCUGAAAUGCUCCUACUUGUAUGUUAGAAUGCAAAAGGUAAGUGAUUCAGGGAACCUGUUAGUUUCGUUGAUUAGUUUCCCAUCCCAUCUGAUGCAAACUCUUAUACAUGAGCAGAACCCUGUGAACUACACAAUUAAGAAAGGGAUUUCUGGUGACCGUUUAGAGAAGCAUGUACAAGAGAUUUGUGUGCAGAAAGUCAAUGAGUUAUCACAGUAUCAAAUGGUCUGGGUUGAUGAAGAUGGCUUCCUCUUGAGACCAUUAGAUCCUGGAAGGUUAAUGACAAAGUACUAUUUGAGAUUUGACACUAUGAAACAGAUAAUGCGGACUCCUGAAAAUUUCAGUUUAGAAGCUGCACUUCAUGUUGUGUGCUGUGCAGAAGAAAUUGCAUGGAUACAGCUCAGACGCAAUGAGAAGAAACUCCUAAAUGAUAUAAAUACUGAUAGAGAUGGCCGACUUCGAUUUCACAUUCUUGGAGAAAAAGGGAAAAGGAAAAAGCGCAUUCAAACAAGAGAAGAAAAGAUAUUUAUUUUAGCAAAUGAUUGCCUAACUGGCGAUCCUUCAGUCCAUGAUCUAUCUCUGAUUCAGGACAUGAAUUCUAUAUGUUCAAAUGGAUGUCGAAUUGCAAAAUGCAUGAAAGACUAUUUUGUUUAUAGAAGGAAUUACAAAGGAGCAGUGAAAUCAGCCCUUCUAGCCAAAUCACUAGACCAGAAACUUUGGGAUGACAGUCCAUACCUUUUGAAACAGUUACCAGGAAUUGGGAUGGUUACAGCAAAGGCGCUUCAUUCAAUGGGAAUUAAAACGUUUGAGGCACUUGCUGUUGCUGAUCCAAGGAGAAUAGAAAUAGUGACUGGUCGAAAAUACCCAUUUGGUAACCAUAUUAAAGAUUCUCUACUAUCACUACCUCCAAAAGUUGAUGUGAAGCUUGCAGAAAUCGAAAGCAACAUACAAGGAAAGUCCAAGCUAGUAGUAACAUUAACUAAGAUAUCAGAAUCAGGCCAAUCCGUUAAACGGCAUUACGCUGAUAUGAUCAUUGGUUCAGAGGAAGACAACACUAUUCUCUUUCAUGAAAAAAUCAGGGUUGACCAGUUCUCCAGCCCAUACAGUGUAACAAUUCUUGUCCCCAUCCUACAAGGAAAGCAGACUAUCAAGGCUGAUUUUAUAUUUGAGGAAUAUAUUGGUAUUGAUGUCCACCAAAAGCUUUCCUUUAUGAAGGAGAGUAAUUCAAAUUUGGUUCUAAAAUGGGGGAAACAGGCUUCUUAUCCUCCACUUGAAGAGGUAUAUAUCAUAGAAGAUGACAAUAUAGAUGCACCUCUUUUACCAUUGAAAGAGAAAGAGAGAUGCUCUUUGAGCAAGGACAAGCCGGAAAGGGAUUCCAUUCCAAGUUUCAACCUCUUGGAUGAAAGGUUAGAGGAAGGUGAACAUGCUCUUGGAGUUGAAGAGGACAAAUACAAAGUCAUCACUGAGAAAACAGUAUUUGACCACAUACGGGAAAAGGCCAAAAACUUCUCUCUCCUGUCUGCAUUUGAUAAUAUUCGCUGUCCAUCACUAGAGGUCCUUCUUGCAAGAAAUCAUGCGCGUGAUAUGAGGCCUGUCCAUCUUCCUGAGAUAGUUGUUCUUAAUGAUGACGAAAAAAUCGAGGUUUCUAUACAAAAUGAUGUUGAUUUGCCUGCUGAGCUCAUGAAGGCAGAACAAUAUGAUAUCAACCCCUAUCUGACUUCAAAUGAUCGUAGUACAGCUGGAAGCCCAAAUAACAAGAGCAGUAUAGUUGAUACAGGUAUUUUUCUCCCUGAACCUGAAGCAAGAACUUGUGAGAAAUCAACUGAAGAAAAUGUUUUUGAUCACAUACGAAGAAAAUCUAAGGAUUUUCCACUGAGUGCUGCUUUUGGUGUGGGAAGAGACACAAAUUGCUCGGACGUCACUGAUAGUAUGCUUUCUUCAUAUAUGGAAACUGCUGAUGUAGAAAAAUAUUCAUACAAUAUUCAAGUUGUUACUGAGGUAAAAAGUAUGAAAUUUUAAGGUUCUUUAUUUAGCAUUGAUGGAGGACCAAAUAUUUCUCAAGGUGUUUCAGGCAUCCAUUUUACUCAGUCUUCCAUUUACGCUGUUAGUUUUUCAAUGUAGGCGAAAAAGCGGUCGUCCGAACCCGGAAACCUUGCAGAGUGUAGUAAGAAGCAGUGUUGCUCUUCUAGAGAACCAAAAGAAGACAAGUCUAAUUCUAGCGAUAUAAGAAGACAUUGCUGCCCUUUGGAAACCACAGGCCAAACGAAGGAUAUAGCAUCGUAUCUUGGGUUUAAGAGUGUGUUUUCCUUUCUCUGAUUUUCUUUGGCAAGGGUUCAGCUGAUAACCUAACAGUAUUAAACUUUUACUCAUAGAACGAAAUG